AUGGAUAAGGGCGUACAAGGAGCUCAAGACGUGCGAAGAUCGGCGAGAUGUUUUAACGAAUCACUCACUAGAUCCGGCGGUGAUACGUUUGGAUCCUUACGACCGCUCAUUGAACUCCUUUGGUGCUCGAUGUCGUCUGAUAACCGACGUGUUUGGUACAGAUUGGGUUAA